AUGCUGCAAACAAUCGCAUUGAUUAUUUUACUCGUACUGUUCUUUACUAUAAUCGUCGGCAAUCUUACUGUACUUGGUGUGAUAUUCUCACGGAAAAUUAAAACUCAUAUGAAAGUAUUCAUUAUCAACUUAGCGAUUACAGAUUUGUUUGUUGCAAUCGGUGGAAUUCUACCGGAGAUCAUUUGGAAUGUUACGAUUAUUUUCUAUGCACCUAAUUUUGUGUGCAAAUUGGUGAAGUACGUGUCUACCACUAUAACAUAUGGAAGUUCGUUUGCACUAAUAGCAUUGAGUAUUGAUCGUGCAGAAGCUGUCUGCCGACCACUACGAGCAACUUCAUCAAAAUUCAGCAAAAAACAACAAGCUCUAAUGUUAAUUGGAUCUGCAUGGUUUGCAGCUUUACUAUGUGGUAUUCCAGCAGCAUUUCUUGCACACAAGGUGAACGAAGGUACACAACUUGAAAAUUGUAGAUUUGAUUUCAGUAAAAUUAGUCCCCAAGCAUAUUUAACCUCUAUUGCUUUAUCAGUAUUUGUUAUACCAGCCUGCAUUAUAGCUACUUGUCAUAUAAUCAUUGUGAUUUCAAUAUGGCGAGCAUCCAAAUUUCAAAAAUUCAGAAUCAACGACCUACCAGAAGUACGUCACAGAUCAUCACCAGUACAUAAAGCUGACAGUCAUCCGUCUGUAGCAACAAUUACAAUAUCAACUGGAAAGGCAAAUUAUUUAUCACGAGAUAGAAAGAGUAUAGGCAUGAAUACGUCUGGACAAAAAUAUCAGCCGAAACACAGAGCAUCUGAGUUCACACGUCGGCAAAUCAAUCAUAAACAUGUACAUUCUAGUUCUAUAUCAAGAGCAAAAGUGAAAACGGUUAAAAUGACUUGUCUUAUAGUCUCAGCUUAUGUUAUUUGUUGGUGUCCAUUUAUGGUUUGGAAUUUACUCGUCACUUAUGGAUAUAUGAGACAGUGGGCUCCACAUUUAAUGAAGUAUUCACCAAUUAUCCAACAUUUAGUACCUCUUAAUUCUACAGCAAAUCCUGUGAUAUUCUGUAUAUUUAAUGCGAAGAGUUUCAUUCGGCGAAGGCGAAGGACAACUGGUAUAAUGUAA